AUGGAAAAAUAUGAGUGGCGCUACCACAUUAAAUUUCACAUGUUGACUCUAAGAAUGCUGGGGUUGUGGCCUAGGGGUGAAGAAACCUACAAACCAGGACUAUACAUGAUGCAUUCAGCAACAGCCCUAACUGUGUUUCUCCUAGGACACAUAUUUUUCCAAGUUGUCAAUAUUUACUUCAUCCGAACCAAUCUGGAAGCUGUGACAGGAACAGUCUAUGUCCUAGUCAUCGACAUGUUAGUAGUUUUUAAAGUCUAUUGCGUCAUCACAAACAUGGGGAUGCUAAAACAGCUUUUACGAACUCUGGAUACCGACAUGUUUCAGCCAAAAAACACCGUACAAAUGGGUGCCAUAGAAAUAAGCACGUGGUUCUGGAAAGUGAUCUACAAAACUUUAUUUUCUCUAUGUAUUUUACCAAACAUGUUCUGGGCUAUUUACCCCCUGCUAGACACAACAAGCACAGAACAAAAACGACUACCAUUUUUGGCUUGGUAUCCCUUUGAUACCACGAAAUCACCAAUGUAUGAACUCACUUACAUUUAUCAAAUUAGCAGCAUUGUGUAUAUCACUGCAAUCCAUAUCAAUAUUGAUGCUUUAGUGGCAGCUUUGAACGUCUUCAAUGGCAGCCAGUUUGAUAUUUUGUGCGACAAUUUAAGAAACCUUCAUAAAUUAGGCGAAAAUAUUUUGAAGAAUUUUAUCGGUUGUGUGAAGCAUCAUAAAGAAAUUUUGAGUUUUGCCGACAAAUCCAACAGGUUCUUGAACUGGAUUCUCUUCGUCCAGUUUUUCGUUUUCGCAUUCUGUAUUGGGAUAACUUUAUUUCAGCUAACUUUGGUGAUUCCAAUGUCGAAUGAAUUUUUUUCACUAUUGUCGUAUGGAGUUGCCAUUACGAUGCAAAUUUUUAUGUAUUGUUGGUUUGGAAACGAAAUUGAAGUUAAGAGCAGUAAUAUUCCCUAUGCAGCGUUUGAGUGUCAGUGGACAGACUUUUCCGAGAAAAUAAAAAGGAAGCUGUUAUUUUUUACUUUAGUGUCGCAGAAACCAGUGAGAUUUUCGGCUAUCAAUUUGUUUUAUCUUAACUUGGACACUUUUUUAAGGAUUUUGAAGACUUCGUACUCUUAUUUUGCCUUAUUGCAUCAAGUCAACUCGUAG